CUUGGAUCACUGGCCUUAUAGUUGAGAGACACAGCCAUGUUGUUCUUGAUUGCUUGUGGGGCGCUGUUCGCUGGGGUGUCCGCUCAAAUUGAUCUGCGCCCGUACAAUCUUAGUGCUGCUAUUAUGUUUGUCAACAACGACUUAAACAACGACGGUUUUUUAACUGCGCACGAGUUCGAUCAGGUUUUCGUCGUGUACGACUUUAAUGAUGACAAGAUCAUCGAGCGCCACGAAUAUGUCUGUUACAUUACGCGGGCAAACCCUUUGAUGGGUCACUUGGCGCAAGCCCUCUACGACGAAUACGACAACAACAACGAUCACAAACUAGAGGUCGCCGAUUACGAUGCUUUCUAUAAAAAGAUGGACGAAGACGGUGACAACAUUGUGACCGACCUGGAAUUCGUCCGUUACUGGGAAGCGUUGUUCCUGAAGACGGAAGCGUAUUCCCUCAAAGGACAGAGUCACGCCACGCACACCGAUAAAUACUGUCUCAAUCACGGACAUGCGCACGGAUAAAAGCGCCGACGCAUAUGGAUAAAAGCAAAAAGGCAAGACGGUUAACAGGAAAGGGGAGACAAAUCUUGAACUAUUGCACCUUUUAAAACCAUCUGGUCAUACGUAAAUAAAGCCAGUAAAACGACUGAUAUUAUGUUGUAAACGUAUGCAUUUUAUUUGACUGGAGUUUAACGCCGUA